AUGGCGCGAGGAUUAUCUCGCGACCUCGCUCGCGAAAAGAACGCCAAGAAAGGCAGCAACGAUAAAAAUGCGAAAGGGAACAAAGAAUCCUUAACGCCCGCGCAAAGAGCCGAAAGAGACGCGAAAGCGAUGGCGGAGAAAAAAGCUUUAAAAGAGGCACAAAAAGCGAAGGAUUUAGCUACCGGGAAGUUAACUCCCGAGCAAGUGAAAGAGGAAGAGAUGAGGAAGGCGAAGAUGCGAGAGAAGCAAAAGUUGAGUCAGUUUGCGAGUAAUAAUCCACUGUUGGCGAAGAACUUAGUGAAGAAGUGA